AACAACUCCUCUUCUUCUUCUGUCAUCGUCGUGAGCCAAUCCGUCCCCGAAUCCGCUGGCUUGCCCGUCUUGCAUCCGUUUGUGUCGUUUUCGAUUGAGUUUGUCUUCUUUCCGGAUUAUGCGGGUAUGAUUUUCCCUCCUCUUGCCCUAUUCUUUUGUGGGAAUGGUGUAGUAUGAUGGGGGGGGAAAAUGGAAUAUGCCCUUUUUUUGUGUUUCUGGGGUGGGGAUGGUUUGGGUGGUGUAUGCAACAAAGAAUUCACGGCUAAGACCAGAUGAUUCAAGGGAAUCGAUCUCAUCCGAACACCUUCUCGAAUAACUUGUUGGAUAAUCUGGCUGAGUUGGAGGGGGUGAAGCCUUUUAUUCGGGUGGGAGGGAUUACGCAAGACUUUGCCCUCUACGACCCGACCCUCCCCACCGCGACGAACGGCACCUAUGUCCCCAGCAUCAGCACGGACUACCCCCUGCUCCUGACGAUCGGGCCCUCGUACUUCGAGUCCUACUCGACCUGGCCGGGAGCCCGGUUCAUCCACGGCUUCAACCUGGGCCGGAACACCUCGGCGCAGUUCGCACAGCUGCUGGAGACGGUGCCGCUGGUGUGCGAGGCGCUGGCCGGGGGCAAGCUGGCCUACUGGGAGCUGGGCAACGAGCCCGAUCUCUACAAGACCUCGGCGCAGGGGGCGGUGCGGCCCCCCACCUGGACGGAGCGGGACUACGUGAAUGAGUGGGUGAACAAGACGACGGCCAUCCAGCAGAAGAUGCGGGCGUCCUGCGCCGGCGGGGAGGAAUUCGCUAACGCCAAGUAUAUCGCGCCGUCGUUUGCGGGGGUCUCCAAUAGUUUGAACCCCGUGGUGACGUGGGAGAAUGGGCUUGACAGGAAGGGGAAUAUCGCGCUGAAUUCGGAGCAUAAUUACAUUGGCGGCGCCACGCAACCGGGCGUUACACUGCAGAAGACACUAAUGAACCAUACGAUGACGGUCCAGAGCGUCGCGCAGCAUGUCAAUGUCUCGACCAUCCUGCUUGAAAAGAACCUGACCACGAAUAUCCCGUACAUCUUGGGGGAGACCAAUUCGUUGUACAACGAAGGCGCGUCGGGGCUCUCCAAUUCGUUCGGCGCGGCGCUCUGGGGCGUCGACUUCAACCUCUACUGCGCGUCGCAGAACAUCCGACGGACCCACAUGCACCAGGGACGCGACUUUCGGUACGCCUCCUGGCAGCCGGUCAACACCAACAGAACCACCAUUGGCACCAAGGCGCCCUACUACGGCAACGUCAUGGUGGCGGCUAUGCUCCACGGCGGCGAGGGCGGCGAGAAGGACGAUGUCCAGAUCGCCAACCUUCCGCUGAAGCGAGACACCGAGGCCGCAUAUGCCGCGUACGUGAACGGUGGCUUGGCCCGGAUUGCUGUCAUCAACCUGGUGGAGUUCAAUUACACCGGGUCGACAACGACGGGCAGCAGCCAACGACCCAACGCGUCUUAUGUUUUUCAAGUGCCCUCAUCUGCUGCUGGAACUACUGUCUCAGUGCAGCGGCUGAUAGCCAACGGUAGUGACGCUAUCACGGGGGUCACCUGGGAUGGAUUGUCGUACAAUUAUGAACUGAACAAUGGGAAGCCUGUGCGUUUGGCAAACAUUACGGCGGGGGAGACAGUUUCGGUUAGCCGAGACGGAAUAGUGAGCAUCGAGGUUCCUUAUUCGAGCGCUGCUCUCUUGACGUGGUAGGAGUCAUAUUUUCGGAUAGUGAAGGCAGGAUGGAUGGCUUUCCAAGAGGGGGUUGCUCUUCAGAUUGUCGAGCAUGGCAAAGCAGGCUGCCGUGUUUGCAGCAGCCUUAUAGCAAGCACUGGGAAGAUGCGCAUCGUUGCAGAGAAUUGAAUACUGGGCUC